UUCCAUCCCUGGUACGGUAACGUGUCUCAGCUGGCCUUAGCUGUCAUUUACUUGUUGUCGCCGGGAAUCUCUAAUCUCACCUUAGAACAAUGAUUUUCUCGCAAUUUAUUAAUUUAUAAAUGAAGAAAUGAAGAUAUUUCUGAGUUAGGUUAAUCUACCAAAAAAAGGCAAACUUCCAGUGAAGAUAAGGAGAACACAGCCAAGAAAAUUUAAUGGACUACUACUAGAUAAUAACUACAUUCCCUGAUUUACCAAGUCUUUAAUGUUUUACGAGUGUACCACGAUAUGAUUGUGAACCAAAUCUACCAGUGCUUGUGGCAAUCGCUGCACUUUCUAUUCUCCCUGUACAAAGUUUGUUUGUGGGUGCGUUUACGUAUAAUUGCUUUUACCUUGUGGUCAUAUGAUCUAUGUCAAACACAAGCAAAACGACAGCAAAAAGAGUUUGAACUACUGAAGAAAUGCAAAAAGCAAUUGAACAAAAUUCCGAAACAUCUCAAUUUGAUCAUUGGACCGGAGGCUAAUGAUGUCAACGAAGAAGUAUUCACACGACUAUUCACCUAUGCCCUCUACAUGAACAUAGAGUGUAUCAGUUUCUUUGAUACACGUUCCAUAUGCAAGAGUAAAUCAAAAAGCAUUUCAUUAGAUAAAGUGAAGUGUCCUGAAGGUUGGAGAAGUAAAUGUCUAGCCGAAAGACGUGCACUUUGGUAUGAUUUGAGUAAAAAUGUAUGCAAUGGCUCGAGUCAAACAAAUGGUCAUAUACCAAACUCCUUAAAUUCCUGUUCCAAAUCUGCCAAUGGCCAUACUACUUUGAAAUCAUUGAAUGGGGAAAGUAAGCCAUUAGAGAUUUAUCAAAUUGCAGCUAAAGAUAAUCGGCCAUUAAUAGCUCAAGCCUGCCGCAAUCUUUUUCGCCAUAAAAAUACUAAGGAGGUGCAAGAACUUAUUCAGAAGAGAAGUGAACUGACAGAUCGUCUAGACAAAGAACUGGCUGAGGAGUUACAAAACUUAAGUGAACCAGAAUUGAGUAUAGUAUUUAGUGAAACUUUUAGUACUUUUGGUACAUUACCAUGGCAUACAAGAUUUACGGAAUUCCAAUGCUUUCCACCGGGUCAAAGAAUCGAUGCAGAAUCUUUCGCAUACAUACUUUACAAAUACUCACGUUGUGAACAAAGAUGGGGCAAAUAGAGUUUGUAUUUGGGUAUGAUGCCGUCGGGCAAUGGGGUUGAACAAAUAGUUGGAGUUUAAGGCAUACUAUAAAUAUUGAAUGUAAUUCUUGUAAUUUAUGCAACACACCGAUCACACAUUACACACCCACAUACAUAACCAUAAGAUAUAUGCAUGUUAACAUUUUUGAAUUAUUUUAAAUAACAUUUAUUUAUCGGCCAAUACUUGGACACAAUGUGAGUGGAUGUGUAAAUAUAUACAUAUUUAGAUGACAUUUAAGAGUGUAAUUAUUAGAACUACACCUAAAAUGUAGGACAUUCUUUGUAAGUGCAUGGUAACUUGUAUUUAAUAAACAACUCUAGCCAAUUGUAAUUUAAAGUAUAAGUUAUGUUGUGUUAAUGCAAAAGCAAGUUAUAAAGGUUUUUAAAAAUAAGGUCAUCCAAAAUGGAACAAUUGUGUACUCUACCAUUACAAAAAAUAUAGAGUUAUGAAUAAGAACUAUUUAUGGAAAUUUACAAAUAAAGAGUUUUGCUGAUGAGGAAUUUUAUUAAUUAAA